AUGCAGUCAAAAGUGGCCGCAAUCCAGGAUAUCAAUGACUGGCCCACUCUGGGGGAGGCCACACCACAGCACCGGAGCCAAUGCGAUGACGAGAGCGCCGGCACCCGCAUCACCACCAAUGGUGAGCACAGCCCCCCGGGUGUCGCCCCCAACGCCUGGGCCAUCGUAGACAACAGCCACCACCGGUCCGUGCCUUCAGCCGCCAGUUCCUCAUCAGCGCCGCCGCUGCCGUCGAAGUCAUCUCAAGACACCACUCGUGCGGUGCAUAAGGAGGUGUCGGUGCCAUCGCCCACACCAUUGCGUGCGGCGGACAACACCCCCAACAGCGCCAACACUUCAUCGCUCGAGGACGAGGUGGAGGCCAAUGAGAACAGAGCUGACGGCAAACACACGCCGACCCCUCCCAAGUCGGGCGCCGGUAGCGGUGGUAGACCUGAGGCAGACUCCCGG